AUGGACUUGAAAUCCAUUGGGCCCUGCCCGCGCAGUUUACGCCCAGGAUGGUCAAUUCCAGUACGGCCUUUCUCAACGAAAUUAUGGUUAGGUUUUGUCGUUUCGAUAGCUAUAUCAAUUGCAGCAUCAUAUAUUUUAGAUAAAAUAAAACAUGUUCCAAAUACAAAUAUCGAAAACGAAACUUUGUUCAUUGUAAGAUACAUUUUGUUACAAUCCCCGCCUGAUGCUGAUAACUUAAAAUAUAAUAGGUAUAUAUUAUCAGGAAUUUUACUAUUAAGUUUAAUGUUGUCUAAUGUGUAUAGUAGCGGAUUAUCAAGUAUUAUGACGGUGCCUGUAUAUUAUCCGCCGAUUGAUUCCGUAAGAGAUUUAUCAUCUAAAAAGAUGGAAUGGGGUGCUAAUUCUGAUGCCUGGCUCUAUUCUUUGUUUGCUGCAGAAGAGCCUGAUCUGGUUUAUUUAAGAAACAUAUUUCAAACUUUAUCUGAUGAGGAACUGGUUAUGAGACAACGUUCCAGAGACUUUGCAUUCAGCAUUGAAAGACUACCAUCAGGACAUUUUGCAAUAGGAGAUUAUGUUAAAGAAGAAUAUAUAGAUCGUCUACGACUAAUGAAGGAAGAUAUCUAUUGGGAGCAAUGUGUUGCUAUGAUGCCCAAAAGUUCACCUUUUUUGGAUUCUUAUAACAUGCAUAUUUUGAGAACUUUAGAAACUGGUCUGCCAGCAGUUUGGGAAACUCAGCAAUUUCAAGUAAUUGAAAUACAUGAAACUGUGUACAAACAUAAUAAAGAAAUUACUCGAUUUAUUAAUAAGCUCUGCGGUUUAGUUUCAUUAAUAAUAUAUUCAGAGAGACAUUCAAUUUACGAUCGAGUUGAAGAUAAAAAAAGAUCAUUAGUAAGAAUUGAACUUCUUAGUAAGAAAUUACUCGCAUAA